AGCCCGGCAGCCCCUUGCUGAGUUGGUCGCAAUCAUUGUUUCUCUGCAGCAUUAACCACAUUCCAGAGAGGCGCAGCGCAUCCCGUCUCCCUCCCCGCAUUCCUUUUACGCGAACGAGUCCCCUGCGCAAAACGGCGUUUUAUUCCGAGUUUCGCCCUCCCGGCGCGCUCGGACCCGCACACAAAAGAUAAUCUCCGCGUGCGCGAUUAUCCAGACUACUUUGGAUUCUCGCACGGGCGCGGAAAGAUAAAUCUAGAGGAAAAACCAACAAGGAGAAAUUCCUCCGCGCAGCGCGCCAUUGACUGUAAAGACCUUUCAACUUAACAAAAACUGAAGUUGACAAACGUAUCCCCGUCGGCUGAAACUGUGAGAAAGAGUUUGUUUUUUCGCCGGAGCGGGGGAAGCUGGGGAAGACGAUGCGGCUCGCCCGGGAGGGUUUGUCGGCGCGUUUGCGGUUUCGCGAGUGAAUGAGCGAGCGGCGGCGGUGCGGCGGCGUUUUGUUUUGAUUUCCAUGUGAAAUGCAAUUAGUGCUCCGCGGCGCUCGCUAGUUUGGGUCGCGGAGCGCAGCACCACUCGCAACUUGUUUCUCGCCUCGGGAGCACAGCAUGGAGCACUACCAGGAGGAUCUGGGGCUCCGGGCCACUCAACUGAUGGAGGACCUCUCCCUGUACGAUGCCUACAAAGACGGGAUGUACGGCGCGCGGAGAGACUUGGUGAUCAGCCCCGAUCUGGACUUUUCUGCGCCGGCGGUCGCGGAGCACAAAACUAAGCCGAUGAAUGGCACCUCCGUGCUCCACCAGCAGCAUCACACCGUGGAGAAUUUCACGUCUGGGAAUAAAGUGUACAGCGCGGCUCCGGUGCGCCCGGUCAACUGCGCCCGCACGGUGCCGGUGGACUUCUGCGCCCCGCAGCGGGACGCGGGUUACACCGAGGAGGGCUGCUGCACCAAAUCCGAGGUGGCCCUGCCGUGCUACACGGGCGCCUCCGAGAGGCACAGGAGGUACUCUCUGGAGGUGCAGGGCCACAGGUACAGCACCGGCUCCACCUUCGACGGCGUGCCCCUCAACAAACCGGCGGCUCUGCCCGGCAACAGGUGCAACAGCGUCUGCAUCACCAGCAACCACGACGGGAGGUACAACGCCACCAGCCCGCGGUCCAGCCUGGCGUCCUCCCUGUCCUCCCAGGAGCAGAGCAAGCACGCCAGCCCCAGGUCGAGCAUCAGCAGCCCGCGGAGCAGCCUGGUGGUGCCGGGCCAGGACCGCUACACCAGCCCCAGGUCGAGUCUGGUCCACUGCGAGGGCAGCAGCGUCCUCAGCCCCAGAUCCAGCUAUGCAAGCACCGCCAGCGACACGAGCAAGCACUCCAGCCCCAGGACCAGCCUCAACAGCUGCGACUGCUGCAGCAAGCCCAGCAGCAACCGCACGAGCGGCAUCAGCAUGGGCUACGACCAGCGGCACAUCAGCCCCCGGUCCAGCACGGCCAGCCAGUACUCCUUCACCACCAGCCCGAGGUCCAGCUACUCCGACUCCCGGUACGGGCCCGUGGUCAACCACGACCUGGAAGGGGCCAUCCUGCACGCGGCGCCGCUGGCCAGCCCCCGCUCCAGCAUCUGCAGCCAGGACGGCGGCGGCGGCGGCGCGAGACCGGGCACCGCCGCCAACUGCGUGGUGAGCCCGCGCUCCAGCAUCUCCAGCCACAGCUCCAGGAGCUCCCGCAGCUCGCGGGGCUCGAUGAGCACCUACCCGGACCUGCAGCUGCCCUCGCCCCGCUCGUCCAUGCUGGGCAGCAGCCUGCACGAGGACACGCUGCUGCAGGAGUUCGGAGACUCCAACGGGAUCCAAAGCCGCAUCCACCUCCAGGGGCUGUCCACCGUGCCCGAGCCGCAGCAGCAGGCCGGCCACACGGUGGAGUUCAGCUACGGGAUGUCCUCGAAAGCUGCGCCCUCGGGUCAGAGGUUCAAGCUGCCUUACCAGGUGACCCCCAGCCGGGAGAGCGGGCCGAGCCAGGCCGAGAAGCGGCUGGAGGCGCUCACCCUGGAGCUGGAGAAGGAGCUGGAGAUGCACAUGAAGAAGGAAUACUUUGGCAUCUGCAUCAAGUGUGGGAAGGGUGUGUACGGGGCCAGCCAGGCCUGCCAGGCCAUGGGGAACCUGUACCACACAAACUGCUUCACCUGCUGCUCCUGUGGGAGGCGGCUGCGAGGCAAGGCGUUCUACAAUGUCAAUGGGAAGGUGUACUGCGAGGAGGAUUUCCUGUACUCCGGGUUCCAGCAGACGGCUGAGAAGUGCUUUGUGUGUGGUCACCUCAUCAUGGAGAUGAUCCUCCAGGCACUCGGCAAGUCCUACCAUCCUGGCUGUUUCCGCUGCGUUGUGUGUAAAGAGGGUCUAGAUGGAGUGCCUUUCACCGUGGACGUCGAGAACAACAUCUACUGUGUCAAAGACUACCACACGGUUUUUGCUCCCAAGUGUGCCUCAUGCAGCCAACCCAUCCUUCCAGCCCAGGGCUCUGAAGAAACCAUCCGGGUUGUUUCUAUGGACAAGGACUACCAUGUGGAGUGUUACCACUGUGAGGAUUGCGGCCUGCAGCUAAAUGACGAGGAGGGCCACCGCUGUUAUCCACUGGAGGGCCACCUGCUCUGCCACGGCUGCCACAUCCACCGGCUCCAGUCGCAGGUCCCGGCCCACCCGCCGCCCAGCUACCCUCUCCACGUCACCGAACUGUGAGCAGGCUGGGGGGAGGACCGCGCUCCACCUACCAGGUGAUCUGGGACGCCGGAAGAGGGCCGAAGACAGACAGACAAACAAACAAGCUAAAAAAAAAAAAGCACCCCUCUUCAGCAGUUCCAGGAAAGCCUCUGUGUGACCCUCUGAGCCACAGCCCCCACCCUCCCCCACCCCACCGUCCCCGGUGGGAUGGCCGGGCCGCGGACGGACUCACAGUCCAGCUCCCACCACCAGCCCCCUGUCACAUGGCAUGGCUGGGGGACAAAAAAAAAAAAAAAGAAGGGUCCCCCCUCGUCCUCCAUUUGAGGUCCUGUCCUCCCCUCGUCCCCCUGAGUGCCUAACCCUGAAAGCCACCGCGGCGGCGGCGGCUCGCCCAGAGGCCCCCGCUGACGUCACUCCUCCUGACCCCUGCACAUUCAUCAAAGAGAGGGUUUCUGGAUGGGAUCGGAGCAGGGAAGGCGGACUCUCCCUCUCUCUCUCUCUCUCUCUCACCCCGCUUCCCUCCCUGCCGUUCCCUGUUUUUCAUUCCUGCGCUCUGACUGAAGUGAAUUCGCCGGUGCUGUCACGUCUGAGAACUGCGCUGACGUCGGCGUCAGGAAAGGCCGGAGGGAGCGAGCCGCCGCAUUCCAGCGCUGGCCGGACCGGACGGGCCCGAGGGGCGGGCAUGCUGUGCCUUCAGAGCGGGCUCCCUCUCUCUCUCUCUCUCUCUCGCUCUCUCUCUCUGUGCAGCUCCCCAACUCUGAAAUGAAGCCCCGCGAACAAGGCUAUGCAACGGACACCCCGGCGUCACGACGCGAGGCCGCUCGCUGCUCGCCGCGCCGCCGUAACAGAUGCACUGUAGCACCACGAGCCCGGAGGACCGACUGACAUUCCACGUAGAAGUCUGAGACGACACCUCGAGAGAUUCACAAGCAGUGUCUUAAUUAAUGAUUAUAUUAUGACAGAAAAAAAAAGAAGAAAAUUUUAGAUGCACAUAGAUUGUCUUUUAUAUAUGAAUAUAUAUUUUGCAGAUGUUUUCCACAUAAGAUUCUAGAUGUAGAUUUUUUUUUUUUUUUAAUGUUUCUGCGCUGGUGUUGGAGGUGAGGCUGUCGGUGGAGCAGUCUGAAGCCUCCGCAACGUUUAGGUCUGUCGUAUCAUUUCUCAUCCAGGACACGGAGCCUUCUUUAAGCCUCUCAGUGGGUCAGAGAUCCACAGGCUUCGUCUGAGCAGACUGAACUCAAAUAGCAUUUGCUUCGCUUUGAGUACCUGGCAUAAAUUUAAUCUUUUGCACAAGGCUCUUCAAUUUACUCAUUCAAUAGCUUGAUCAGCCCUCCUUUCAUCUGUACAUCGUUGAUCAUAGUAAUUUUCUUCAAAGUAAGCAAAGGAAUGCAACCUGAAAUAGUACUAGUGCCAACUAGCUUUCAUGAAAUGCAUAGUUGAGCACAAAGUUCCAAUGUAGAGAGUGGAGUCGACCCUGAGCUGGAAGACUUUCUGACUUUUCCCUCAACAAGUGCUCCAGAAGUGUUUCCCUGUCGCGAGUUCGCAAUAAGCAGCUGUUCCAGGUGGCUCAUUUCUGUUUAUCUUCAUUUUGAUGCAGAAAACAAACAUUUUAAAGGACGUCUAUGUAAAAAAAAAAAAAAAAAAAACCUCGCCAAGAGGCUAUUGUCCUUAUGGCAUUAUUGGAUUUGGGUGACUGUUGGCAUGACGCCUGUAACCACGUUAUCAGAAACACAGCAGCUGGUGAAACCAGAAUAUGAUGACUAUGCUGUAUAUUACAGUUUGUAUAUAAUAUGGAAAAAUAUUUUCCUGACUUUUGGCAAUCCAAAAGAUUUUAUAGGGACAGUGAGUGUUCAAAGAAAUGGAGGAAGAACAGAAGGGAAUCACAGCAAACGGUCACCAUAUCGGGGAAUUACUGAGACUCAAUACUGAGAUUAAGAUUUAUCUUAAUCUUAAAACCUUAAGUAAGAGAUUAGCGGGGAAUAAAAGAAAUGAAAGAUUUAUCUCUCUUGGUGGAGACGCUCGGCAGCGAGUUGUCAGCUCAUGGCAGCGAAAAACCGCCAUCUGUCACUCUGAGAAGAAAUCAUUUGCUUUACAAAAAUAUUCAUGAGCCGUGUGGAGAUGUGUUUAAUGACGGGGGAAACUCUGGGAGGGAAAGGCUCACGAUCUGCUGUGCUGGAGCGGCGCUCUGUUGGCAGGCAGUGGAUUGUUAUGCAGGUGAGCGUACAAAAUCUCAACGUGAGUGAUUCUUUUUUUUUCUUUUUUUUUUUUUGUCCAAGCAGGAAGCAGCUGCAUUCCUUCCAAAUUCCUUUUUUCGGUCAGGCAGACAUCCCCCUGCUUCUUCCUGUCAGGUACUCAAAGCGGAAUCAAACAUAUCUCGCUGUUAUCUGCAAAUGCCGUUUGCCGGAGGUCUGCUCAGGACGCGGCUUCCUGGUGUGUUUUUCCAGACACUGUUCCUCUGUUAGUGUUUAUCACGCGAGCACAUGGUGCGCCGCACUGUGAGGAAACCUCCGCCUGUCCGCAUGCCUUAAGACAGAACAGGUAUGUCUGUGCGUCCUCGCUCUGAUCUGCAGUCAGGCCUGCUGUCGUGCUGUGUGUGGGAGAAGAGGGACGUGGCGGCGUCUUCCUGAAAACACGGAGCUGCUGGUCCGACACGUGGCUUUCAGGGAGAGCCCUCCCCUCAGGGUGUGUGUGUGUGUGCGCGCGUGUGUGUGUGAGACUGCAUGACUGUGUACUGUGCGUGUUUGUAUAUGUGUAUAUAUGCAAAAGGAAAACCUGCAUACAUGAGACAAAAAAAUGAUUAAAAAAAAAAAAAACCCCACACACACACACUUGAAGCCUUGAGCUGUGUAGGUGCUGGAAAAUUCUGGUCACCCUCCUCCCUGCUGGACUCACUGUGUUUGCUCUAAUCGGCGCUCCAUCACCUCUAAAACUGCAAAUCAAUACCAAUUAUGUGCUUUGUUAAACCCUGAGAGUGUGCACCUAUGGCAGGUCCAUGGCACACACACACGCGCACACACACACACACACACACUCACACAAGCACACAGCUGAGCACAGUGAGUCCUGCCGGCUCUGGUAAAACUCCACCUUGACGGUUGGCGGUUGUGCGGAUGCUCCAGUAGCCGAACCAUCAACCCGUCACUGUAGCAAACUUCUCUUCAAACUGCAGCCGACUCCUGCGAACGCUGUUCCGGCUCCUGUUCAUACUGUAAAGCUGCAACACGCGCAGGUCUGACGAAAUACGAAAUACUACUGAAUGUGUCCCAGACAGAGACUGAAGCAGAGACUGAAGGCAGGGCCGAACCCCGUGCUAAUGUAACCCCCCCCCCCCCCCCCCCCCCCCCCCCCCCAACGUCAUGAGAUUCCUUUGAAUGUAAAAAAUAAAUUGGUGUUUGUAACAGCAGAAGAGGAAAGGACUGCAUACUGUAUGAGACAUUCCCCGUGUUUGUUCAGGUGUUGAACCUCCACUGUGUACAGGGGUCAAGUAAUGUGUGCUAUACUUGAAGACUGAGACAUUUCCUGAAUUUCACCUGCACAAAGGCAACAAGGCCAGAGCUUCUCCCUGUCUUAAACAAACAAAACAUGUCUUAAUUCACCUGUUUGAAAGUACUACUUCAGUUUCUUCAGUUUAUCAUAGCACACAUUUAGUUACCCUGUACAUAAAGAAAGAGGCUAGGUUUUUUUUUUUUUUAAUUUUCUGUCAAACGUCACUUGGAAAGAGAAGCCGUCGUCUUCUCCUACUGGUAGUUCCAAUAAGCACAUCUCGACACCUGUCACACAUCUUUUAUAUCUCUAAGUGUUUUGAUUACCUAGAUGGUUCAUUUAAAAAAAAAGAAAAAGAGGAAAAAAAAAAGGAAACUAGAUCUAU